AUGGCUAAUAAAAUUCAAAAUUCUCAGGCCAAUGAAGGGGAACCAUACACAGGAAAGAAGAAAUCGUAUUUAGAACAGCUUUUGAGCUUUGUUGAAUUUAAAGAAAGCAAUCUAGCUGGUGCAGUUUUAUCUCAAGGGUUGCAAUUAAUCGAGACACUCAGAAAAGUUCGAUUAUCCGAGAAGAAAAGACUAAGUCACCAUCAGCACAUAGGAGGAUGGCUUGCUUUUGUCGAAGUUGAAAAAGAAUUUAGACUCAAGGAACUGGAGAAUCUAACAUUUAAAGUUCAUGCUCGGUGGCAAAUGCAAAGAUGCGAGUUUGGAAUAAAAGAGGCAAUGCGUUGGCUAAGGGAUUUGUCUAAAGCAAUGUUGGCACAAAGUAAUGAAAUUGGAGAAUCGGCAGAUGAAGCUGACGCCCUAUUUCUGCAGCAUAUAAAAUUCAAACAAGUAGCAGAGGAGUCUUUCAAUAUUGGGACAAAAUUUUUGAUGCUCCAAAGAGGUUUGAAAAAUGAUUUGAAUUACGGAGACGGACAACUACACUCCGAGCUUAUUAACACGUGGGACGAGUUCUUGAAGAUAUUUAAAGGCUGUGCCGAAAGACUGAAUCUUUGCCAAAAUUUUUAUCGUAAUAUCACAAAGAAUUUGAAAAAUUUAGAGGAUUUGAAAAAGACUAUCCAUUCUGGUUUAUCUAUUUUUGGAGAAAUUAGACAACAGAUCGUUAUGAAGAGACACAGAAGAAGCUGGUUUAGGGUUAUGGUUUCUAUGCAACAAAGCAUAGAAACUGGUAAAAGACUUUUGCACUUGAUGCAAAAACCUCUUAUCUCAUAUCACGAGUAA